UACGCAAAGCGGCAAAGGUAGGCAGCGACGACGAGUCCACCACCGCUCCACUCCCCGCCCCGGCACUCGCUAAUCACUUCGCCGGGUUUAAAACCGCACCAGAUCCGACGAGCCAGCCGAGUCGAUCCGCCGGCCACCGACGCGCGCCGCGGCACCGAAGCUUCCUCCCUUCCUUCCUUACGCCUGACCCGCGAUCUCGAUUGGGGAAUGGGGGUGGAGGAGGAGGAGGGCGCCAUCAACGGCGGCGAGGAAGGGCCCGGCCUCGCGGCGGCGCCGCACGACCGCUGGGUCCUGCUCCGCCCCGCCCAGGGCUCCGCCCGCCCCUCCGCCCGGUACAAGCAUGCCGCGGAGGUGGUUCAAGACAAGCUGUAUGUGGUCGGGGGAAGCCGGAAUGGCCGUUCUCUGUCAGAUGUUCAGGUUUUUGAUUUCAGGACAUCCAAGUGGUCAGCGUUGCUGUUAAGUCCUAGUCGAGAUUCAAACCAGCUGAAUCUUGAAAAUAAUGCCGGAAACCAGCCGUUCCCAGCAUUAGCAAGCCAUAGUAUGGUCAAGUGGAGGAAUAUGCUUCUGGUUGUAGCUGGGAACUCCAGAGCAUCAACAUCGAAUAAGGUUUCAGUUUGGUUUAUCGAUCUGGAAACAAAUAGCUGGUCUGCUGUUGAUACAUAUGGAAAAGUUCCAAUGGCUCGAGGUGGGCAAUCUGUAACACUAGUCGGUUCUCGAUUAAUAAUGUUUGGUGGAGAGGAUAAUAAGAGGAGGCUUCUGAGUGAUCUUCAUGUACUUGACUUGGAGACAAUGAUUUGGGAAGAAGUUAAAACAGAAAAAGGUGGCCCAGCUCCUAGGUAUGAUCAUUCGGCUGCUGUUUAUGCUGAACAUUAUCUUUUAAUCUUUGGCGGUUCCUCUCACUCCACAUGCUUCAACGAUCUGUACUUACUUGACUUGCAAAGUCUGGAGUGGUCUCAACCUGACACUCAAGGUGCACAUAUAACUCCUAGGAGUGGCCAUGCUGGUAUGAUGAUUGACGAAAAUUGGUACAUAGUUGGUGGUGGAGAUAAUGCCAGUGGUUCCACUGAUACAAUCGUAAUGAACGCUUCCAAGUUUGUCUGGUCUGUUGUCACUACUGUGUCAGUUCGAGAUCGACUUGCUUGUGAGGGUCUCACUCUUUGUUCAACCACAGUUGAUGGCGAAAAGUUUCUAAUUGCCUUUGGUGGUUACAAUGGGAAGUACAACAAUGAGAUCUUUGUGAUGAAACCCAAACCAAGAAACUUUGUGCAACCUCGGCUUUUCCAAUCUCCAGCAGCCGCUGCUGCUGCAGCUUCUGUGAAAGCUGCCUAUGCUGUUAUAACUGCUACUGAUGAGAAAACUAAAGAUAUUGUUGCUACUGAUGAUUUGGAUGUGAAGAGAGCUGAACCUGGAAGUUCUUCCAAACAAAUGGUUGCCGAAAUUGACGCACUUAAUGGGGAGAAAGGAGAACUAGAGUCUCGACUGGCAGAAGUUCGCACUGAAAACUCAAAGCUAAAGGAUAAACUAGAUAUGGUGAAGUUGUCCUACAAUGAAUUAACAAAGGAACUUAGAUCAGUUGAGAAUCAGCUAGCUGCCGAGGGCUCAAGAUGCCAGAAACUGGAGUCCCAAAUUGCUGCUGCGCAUAAAAGGUUGGAGUCUGCCAGUUCUCUGGAGAAUGAACUGGAAGCCUUGCAGCAACAAAUAUCUCAGGCUGAACAAACCAUGACGACUUCUCAGAGACGGAAAUCUGGGGGCGUAUGGAAGUGGGUGGGAGGAAGUGCAGAGGUCUCCGACAAUGAAUAG